GUCCCCCUCCCAGAGUUGCGUUAUCUCCACUCUGCAGAGCCCAUUUCAUCUCUCCUAUUACUAGCUUCCUCCCCCAGCAAAGUGAGAGACAAUCUCUCUUUCUGUUCCAUUCCUCACUCGGCGAUAAUUAAAGGACCCUCCCACCCCCUGAAUUCCCGUGCCCCUCCAACCUCCUCUUGAAGGUAAAAUUUCAUUAGCCCAGAGAGAGAGCUUCAACGAAUUCCAAGUGAAGUGAAACAGCUCUAUUUUCUCCUUACAGAUCUUGUGCAGCGGGAAUCUACACAAUGUCAUAUCAAGGCGGGAAUGCCCAACCAGGGCACGGUGAUGACCAUACCCAGCAAUACCCUCCCUCCACAUACCAUAUGCCCCCUCCUAGAGACUACGACUCCGACGACGAAGAACGAGUCCCCCUUAACACCCAGCAACAACCAGGUGGACCCUUUCAAGCACCAUUCGACGACCCGAUGAGCCGCUCAACCACCCCCGGUGGUUCUCAACGCCCCAACACUGGGUAUUCUCUUUCAGAGAGCUAUGCUGGAGCACCAGGAGCUGGUACAUACGAUAGUGGACCAGGUUAUCCUACCGGAAACGAUCCGGGUCCUCCAUACGGAGCUCCUCGCGUGGCUAGCCCUUACUCUAGGUCUGAUAGUUCUUCUACCGAAGCCUGGCGGCAAAGACAAGCCCCCUCCGGGAUGCGGCGUUAUGCCACAAGAAAAAUCAAACUUCAGCAGGGCCAAGUUUUGGCCAUUGACUAUCCGGUGCCCUCCGCAAUUCAAAAUGCAAUCCAAUCCAAGUAUCGGGCACCCGAUGUCGAGGGCGGUAGUGAGGAGUUUACUCAUAUGAGAUACACUGCUGCCACCUGUGACCCUGAUGACUUUACGCUCCGAAACGGGUACAACCUGCGGCCGGCCAUGUACAACCGACAUACCGAGUUGCUUAUUGCUAUCACCUACUACAACGAAGACAAACAAUUGACUGCGCGUACACUUCAUGGUGUCAUGCAAAACGUUCGUGACAUUGUAAACCUUAAAAAAUCAGAGUUCUGGAACAAAGGUGGGCCUGCCUGGCAGAAGAUUGUUGUUUGUCUCGUCUUCGAUGGUAUCGACCCGUGCGACAAAGACACUCUCGAUGUCCUCGCAACCGUUGGCAUCUUUCAGGACGGUGUCAUGAAGAGGGAUGUUGACGGUAAAGAAACUACCGCACAUAUUUUCGAAUACACUACCCAAUUAUCCGUAACAGCUUCACAACAGUUGAUUCGUCCUCGUGAUGAUGACCCAUCGUGUCUCCCGCCUGUGCAGAUGAUGUUCUGCCUAAAGCAGAAGAAUUCCAAGAAAAUCAAUUCUCAUAGAUGGUUGUUCAAUGCCUUUGGCCGGCUAUUGAACCCGGAGGUUUGUGUACUGCUGGACGCUGGUACCAAGCCAGGUGCCAAGAGUAUUUUGGCUCUGUGGGAGGCUUUCUACAAUGACAAGGACUUGGGCGGUGCUUGCGGUGAAAUCCACGCCAUGUUGGGUAAGGGAGGAAAGAACUUGUUAAAUCCACUUGUGGCUACCCAGAAUUUCGAGUACAAGAUCUCGAACAUUCUUGACAAACCUUUGGAAGCUGCUUUCGGAUACGUCUCUGUGUUGCCUGGCGCUUUCUCGGCUUACCGUUUCCGUGCCAUUAUGGGCCGUCCCUUGGAGCAAUAUUUCCAUGGUGAUCACACUCUAUCCGCUCGCCUUGGAAAGAAGGGUAUUGAGGGCAUGAACAUUUUCAAGAAGAACAUGUUCUUGGCCGAGGAUCGUAUUUUGUGUUUCGAGUUGGUUGCCAAAGCUGGGUCCAAAUGGCAUUUGACCUACGUCAAGACCUCGAAAGCCGAAACUGAUGUGCCGGAAGGUGCACCUGAGUUUAUCUCCCAACGUCGUCGUUGGUUGAACGGUUCUUUCGCUGCCAGUAUUUACUCCUUGAUGCAUUUCGGGAGAAUGUACUCCAGUACUUGCUUACAACGUCUUCUCUGUAAUCAUGUCAUGGUUCGGUUUGGCCAAUUUUUGGCUCACCACUACCGAACUCGCAUCUUUAACACUAUCUUGAAAUAUCUUUAUCUUGGCUUUCUCCUGCUCCAAUUCAUCUUGGCCUUGGGUAACAGACCAAAAGGUUCACGUUACACUUAUCUCGUCUCCUUCGUUGUCUUCGGCUUGGUCCAAUUCUACAUCAUCAUUCUCUCGUUCUACCUCGUCAUCCAGGCGUUCUCGAACUCUGAAGGUUGGGACGAACUCAAGUCUGAUAGUCUAAGCGGCUUUAUCAAGAACUUCUUCACUGCCAAUUCUGGUGUCAUUAUCAUCGCUCUUGCGGCAACCUUUGGUCUUUACUUCGUGGCCUCCAUCAUCUAUCUCGACCCUUGGCACAUGAUUCACAGUUUCCCUCAAUACUUGCUCACUGUGUCCUCAUACAUCAACAUCCUCAACGUUUACGCUUUCAGUAAUUGGCACGACGUUUCCUGGGGUACCAAGGGUUCCGACAAGGCUGACGUGCUGCCAUCUGCAAAGACGCAAGUUGCUGAGGAUGGUAAAGCAAAGGUCAUUGACGAACCCGAUAAGCCGCAAGCGGAUAUUGAUCAAGCUUUCGAGACAACCGUUAAGCGUGCUCUAACACCUUUUGUUCCUGUGAUUGAAGAUGAAAAGAAGACGCUUGAUGAUUCUUACAAGUCUUUCAGAACCAAGCUCGUCAGUUCCUGGAUUUUCAUGAAUGCUGGUCUCGCUGUUAUUAUCACCUCGGACAGUUUUGAUUCUUUUGGCUUCUCGAAACAAAACGCUGCUGCCACCAGAACUGCCAACUACUUCAAGGGUUUGCUGUGGGCUACCGCUGCGUUGAGUUUUGUUCGAUUCAUAGGAUGUUGUUACUUCCUUGGAAGAGCGUCCAUUCUCUGCUGCUUCGCGAGGCGUUAAAGGGGUCGGGCCGCGGAUACGGGAUAUGAUGGAGCCGGCUGGGCGCAAAAAAUUAUGUGCGGUGGAUUUAUACUGCAUAUUUCCAUAUUUCUGGGAGGGAAUGGAAUAGGAUGGCUAGCAUUUUGUACAUUGAGGGCGAUGAUAUCCAAUGGGUACACGGAAAUGGAGGGGGGGUAACAUGGGCGAUCAUCAUAUAUCUCUUCACGAUUUCAACGUUUUUUUUUUUCCUCUUAAUUAAAGGUUUCAUUUUUCUUCA